ACAAUAUUGGCAGAUAUCAACGAAUGUGCAAACCCUGACUUCAACUCUUGUCCACCUGAUACACGCUGUAAAAAUACUGAAGGUUCUUACCGUUGUAUCGCUGCUAAGAACACAAUGCUUUUCAUAAUCAUAGGUGUUAACACAAGCCUUGGUGUAUUAUUUCUAAUUUUCGGUGGAUGGUGGUUAUACAAAGUGAUAAAGAAAAGAAUGAUGAUUAAACACAAGAAGAAAUUCUUCAAAAAAAAUGGUGGAUUACUACUACAGCAGCAACUAUCUAGAAACAACGAAGUUAAUGUUGAGAGUCCCAAAUUGUUCAAUUUAGAGGAAUUGGAGAAGGCCACUGAUCAUUUUAGUGUGUAUAGAAUAAUUGGACAUGGUGGACAAGGCACUGUUUACAAAGGUAUGUUGGCAGAUGGAAGGAUUGUUGCAAUAAAAAAAUCCAUGGUAAUAGAUGAAGAAAAACUUCAAGCAUUCAUAAAUGAAGUCGUGAUUCUUUCACAAAUUCAUCACAAGAAUGUGGUUGUGCUACUUGGUUGUUGUUUAGAAACUGAAGUUCCGCUUCUAGUUUAUGAAUUCAUUCCUAAUGGAACUCUUGCCCAAUAUCUCAAUGGCCAAAAUGAGGAGUUUCCACUAACAUGGGAUAUGCGUUUACGAAUUGCUAUAGAAGUUGCAAAAGCUCUUUUCUAUUUGCAUUCAAAAGUUUCUUCACCCAUUUACCAUCGCGACAUUAAGCUUACAAACAUCCUCUUGGAUGAGAAGUAUAGAGCGAAAGUAGCAGAUUUCGGGAUUUCAAGAUCUGUUGCCGUUGAACAAACUCACCUAAGCACACUAGUACAGGGAACUAUUGGAUAUGUAGACCCUGAGUAUAUUCAGUCAGGCCAGUUUACAGAUAAGAGUGAUGUUUAUAGUUUUGGUGUUGUUCUUGCUGAGCUCUUAACCGGAGAAAAAGCUAUUUCAUCAACAGGAAUGAGAGGGUCCAAAAGUUUAGCUACCUUUUUUGUUAGUUCGAUGGAAGGGAACAAUUUAUUUGGCAUCCUUGACAAUCAAGUUUUGAAGGAAACAAAAAAAACAAAAAAAAUCAUUGCGGUUGCAAACCUUGCAAAAAGAUGCUUGAACUCAGAAGGAAAGAAACGACCUACAAUGAGAGAAGUUGCAAUGGAAUUGGAGGCCAACCAAAUGUCGCAUAAACACUCCAAAAAAAACCCAAUUAACUGGCACUAUUUACGGCAUUUUUUGAUGCGACGGGUAAAUAUAUGAAGUUUUGCUAGUGUUUACAUUGUAUUUUAAAAUUAUAUUGUUUAUAUAUAUUUUUUUUAAAAACAUGUGUUUAAUGAAUUUCCACUUAUAAAAAAAUAUGUGAUCAAUGAACUUCCAAAUGGGUUUCUAACCUUUAGUAGAAAUAUGGAGAGAUUAAGAUGUCAAAGCUGAAAUAUUCGAGCAAAAUGAUGUUGUUUCUAUAUCAACGACGUCAAGUAUGGAUAGUGUCAUCGCGACCUCAUCUUUUGAUACA